AAGCGUGUGGCCAUCCAGAUAACCAACAACACCAGAGACGUGACCCUCGAGAACCCCAGGACUUACUGUUUCAGCGGCUGGGUCAAGAUAAACCCUGUGUCCAACAUUCCCCCCGGCUCUUCGGAGAUCAGCGUGUUUGUGAAAACAAGCGAUGCGGCCCGCGGGAGCGUUGGGGUGCUGAGCUACGAGUCCGACACUUUCACCCUGGCCAUCAUGUUCUCCGUCCCCUACGACCGCUUGCAGUACUACAAUGAGUUUGCCAUCGAGCUCUUUGCUGGCAGGAAGCACUUCGACAGCAUGGAGCGCCUCUACCACUAUAUGUACAAUGAAGGCCCUCCCUAUCCGUGUGACUCCUACAGGAAAGUGCAGGUAAAGGACCCACAUGACCAGCUGGAGGUGACCAACCAGGAGAUCCAGGUGACGGCCACCAUGUCCAACCAGAAUAAGUCCAUCAUUGACGUGAGAUCAAGGAAAUAGAUGUGACAGAGAAGGUGGCUGCUGGUGGGAAAUAGUAUCUCUCUUUCUCCCAGCUUGAGUAGACAGCGAUGUGCUAGCUCUGCUGGAGUUAGUGCACUAAAAAUGGCCAGAGCGUUGUGGUUGGUGGGAAGAGCUAGCCACCCAAGUGCACUCUCACCUGACCUCCAGGGUAUGUACUCGGGCGUCUAGCCGGAGCUGCUGCCCAUGCCACAGUGUCCACACUGCUAUUUUUAGUGCACUAGGGAGGGAUAGCUCAGUGGUUUGAGCAUUGGCCUGCUAAACCCAGCGUUGUGAGUUAUAUCCUUGAGGGGGCCAUUUAGGGAUUGGGGGGGAAAUACUUGGGGAUUGGUCCUCCUUUGAGCAGGGGGUUGGACUAGAUAACCUCCUGAGGUCCCUUCUAACCCUAAUAUUCUAUGUUUGUCUACCCAGGCUGGGCAGUAUACAGGCCUCCAGAGUUUUGUCAUCAUUUUAUAAAAAUGUUUUUUCUUGCUUAUCUUUUAACCUCUGAAAUAACAGGUGUUGGCAUAUGAAGACCUGAAGCUUAAGCAUUUAUCAUGGUGAUAAAACUCCCAGAAAGCUUUGCAAAAAAUAAUGCUAAAAAAUACAACAUAGAAUUAUUAGCAAAUAAGAGCUACACUUCUUGUAAGUGGAAAUAUGUUUAAGAGCAUGACUUUUUGGUAUAGCUGUAUAAGGUUGUUUUUAAUUGCAUGGGUGCUUGCUAGGUAAAAUAUAAUUGGCUAAGCAGCUUAAAUAAAAGUUACAAAUUGUAAUGGAAACAAAAAGAAAGGGAUAAGUAGAUAAGAUCAUAACAUAAGAAUAUAAGAAUGGCCAUAUUGGAUCUGCCCAAUGGUCCAUCUAGCCCAAUGCCAGAUGCUUCAGAGGGAAUGAACAGAACAGGGCAAUUUCAAGUGAUCCAUCCCCUGUUGUCCGGUCCCAGCUUCUGGCAGUCAGAGGUUUAGGGAUACCUGGAGCAAGGGGUACCAUCUUGACUAGUAACUGUGAUGGGGUCCCCCAAUCGCCUGGCAACGAGUUUCACAGGUUGUGUGUAUGUUGCAUGUUUGAAUCUGUCUGUACUGUUGUUAAAUAAUUAUUCUCUGACACCUCCAUAAUUUCCUGCAACUAUGAAAAUUUAAAUUGAUAAAAAUAGAAAAAAAAUGCUUAAAAAUAAACAUCGAUAUUAUCCAUUGAAAUUCA